GGCCUCCCACCCCCCUCCCCAACCCCUCUCCCUUCUUCCUUCCCCUCUGCCACCAACACAAAUCUGUCCGCUGGCGAGUGCAUUCACAGCAGCCCGCAUCACACAACACUGGCUGGCUGUCUUACGACGGAGGAAGGAGUAAACAAAGAUGUCCGUAGCAGUGCUGGAGCUGGAGUGAGGUGUCAGCAAACCGAGGGGAGGUGGGCCACUUGAGCUCCAGCGUCUCCUCCUGGUCCAACUCUUCAUUCGAGUUCGGAGGCGAUCGGUAGCCAGAGACCAGACAGGCGACAUAAAUGGUGGAAGCAGUUGUUGAGUUUGCUUAUCAAGCUCAGCACGAUGAUGAGCUGACCAUCACUGUGGGAGAUAUUGUUGCUAACAUCAAGAAAGAUGAUGGAGGAUGGUGGGAGGGUGAGCUCGAUGGCAGAAGAGGUUUGUUCCCUGACAACUUUGUAAGAGAAUUAAAGAAAGAUGCAAAGAAAGAAAACCAACCCAAGAAACCUACAGAGGCUAGUGGUGGCGAGAUCUCCAAUGGCAGCCUGAUGUCUUCAAAUGAAACUUCACUUAAAAGUCGUGGAAUAGCUGAAAGAAUUAGAUCAAGACGAUGUCAAGUGGCAUUUAGUUACGCUCCUCAGAAUGAAGAUGAAUUGGAGCUGAAGAUUGGUGAAAUCAUUGAAGUCUUGGGUGAAGUUGAGGAAGGUUGGUGGGAAGGUAUCCUCAAUGGUAAAACUGGAAUGUUUCCCUCGAAUUUCAUCAAGGAACUUCCAGAAGAACCAGAGGAAGCGGUCAACAGUCAAGAAGAUACCACAUCGAAAGCAAAUGUUAAGGACAGAGGAAGCCCUGAACAGGAUAUUACAGAUGCAACUAGUGGAAAGAUGGAAGGAUCAAAUGGUGCGAUAGCAACUGAAAUUCAGCCAAAAAAGAUAAAAGGAUUUGGGUUUGGAGACAUUUUUAAGGACAAACCUAUCAAACUAAGGCCAAGAUCCAUGGAAAUUGAGCUUGAUACCAGCACUAUUGAUAAGCCUUCUGCAAAGAAAGUACUGGUUGUUGCAUCUUCUCAGGAGCCAACAAAAUCUGAUACAGACACCAAACCCAAGGGUAAGGAAUAUUGCAAAGUGUUAUUUCCAUAUGAAGCACAGAAUGAAGAUGAGCUGACAAUCAAAGAAGGAGAGAUUGUAAUUAUUAUAAACAAGGAAUGUGCAGAUGCCGGAUGGUGGCAAGGAGAAAUCAAUGGUAAAUGGGGAGUUUUUCCAGAUAAUUUUGUCAAGCUUCUGCCCCCUGACAUUGAAAAAGAGCGACCUAAGAAACCUCCGCCUCCAUUAGCUCCAGCUGUGAAACCAUUACCAGGACCCAAAUUUGAUGGUUCGCUUGUGGACAAAAAGAAUGAAGCAAAAAGAGUACCCCCAGAAAGACCAGAUUCCUUGCCAACAAGGUUAGAGGACAGAGAAGAAAAGCCGGAGAGAGAUCAGAAAUCCAUAGAACUGGGCAAACCAUCAGUACCUGCAAUACCACCUAAGAAACCUUUGCCUCCCAAGACUAAUUCUUUGAACAGACCAAAUGCAUUGCCUCCCAAGAGGCCAGAAAGACCAGCAGCACCUGCAGCUCAUGCCAGGUCUGACAGUGACCCAAAGGCAGAAUUAGGAUCUCCAGCUCUUUUUCUCAGUACAUCAGAGAGAGAGACCUUGGAAAAGACCAAUGACAUUGAUGUAACAGGUUUUGACAGUUUAGUCACUUCCACUGAGAAACUCAACCAUCCCACAACCUCCAGACCAAAAGCCAGUGGACGGCGACCACCAUCACAAGUCUUUACAUCACCAACACUUUCCAGCCCUGACUACUUGGACUCGCCAGUUUCGCCAGAGGAUCAAAGAGAAGAGCAUGAAAGAAUAGAAUUUGAAUCCAACACAGCAAAAGUAAAAGAGGUCAUAAAGAAAGCUCACAGACCCAUUCCUUUGUUACCGGGAUCUGACAAAACGUUGCCACCGAAACCAGGAGUUCCAAUUUUGCCAUCUGGAAGUAAUAUCCACACAUUCCAUCACAAUCUCGCCUCUGCUGGAGGACAGAGGUCAAACUUGCCGGUACAGUACAAUACUGAUCUCAAGCCAAAGAGUGACAAGAAUCAAGAUCCAAUUGAUGAAUUAAAAGCACAAGUGAAAGAAUUGAGAAGUUUUAUUGAAAUGAUGAAGUCACAGCACAAAAAAGAAAUUACACAGUUGAUGAACGAGUUAGAUGAAGAAAAGAAGAUUCGUAUUUCAUUACAAAUGGAAGUGGAAGGAAUUAAGAAAGCACUUCAAUCAAAAUGAUUGGUUAUUCCCAGGACAAAAUGCUGCAAUUACACCUCUGGUAGUUCCAGGACUUAAGUUAUGACACAGCCAAAUUUAGUUUUGUGCCAAAUUAAUUAAACUUAUUUCCCCCCCCCCCCCCCCCCCCC